AUGGUGACCUUUGCUGAAACAACACAGGUCUCCCCUAUGGAGCUGUGUGAGCCGGCCUGUCUGACCGCGACCCUGUCCCCUGGGCUGCGGCGGAAGAAGAUGCUUUGGCAGAAUGCUGUAAAACACAUCAUUAUCCAGCAGGAGCUCAGCGCCCAGGUGGGUGUGGAGCCAGCACAGAAAAUCUUUGUGACGGAUGCCUACAUGCAGGAGAUCAACAAACAAAUCCGCAACAAGGCCUCACGCGGCGUCACAAAACGGCGCUCCUCCACAUUGAGAGUGCACACUUCCCAGUCUCGUGACUCCACCUGCACCCACACCAGCGUCAGGAGUUCUUUCAACGACUAUGCCAGCGAUGCAGACUUCUUUCUGCACUGGGGCCGCACAAUUCAUGGGGUCUACAUACCCACCCUGAGGCACACCUUCAAGUCUCGCGACCUGGAGAAACUCUACCAGCAACACUACUCCCACCAAAGACGCAACUCUCUCGCCAUCACCAAUGUGAUCGAUGCAGUGGCCAAGCUGCAUGUGUUGGUUCUGUACCUGGUGCUGACCCCAGAGGCGGUCACAGACACUCUGCGGGGCUGCCUGACCGGCAUUUUCAUGGUGCUAGCUAUCGCACUGUGCAUCAUAGUGUUAACCUGCAAAGACUCCAUGUCCCCGCGUUGGCUUCACUGUGCCGGCCUCGCCAGCUGGCUGUCGCAGACCACGCAGGUGCUGGGAGGACUGGUUUAUGGACUGGAAAGCGACCCUUCGUGGUAUGUUCUGUUCACGUUGUUCGCCACAUACACGCUGCUGCCGUUACCUCUGCUGUGGGCCAUAUGCGCCGGCUCCCUCACCUCAGCGCUGCACCUUCUGCUGGAGAUAGUGCACCACUACAAUGAUGCCGUGCUUUUGAGAAAGGUGUUUGCCAAAGGCCUGCUGUACCUGGGUAUGAACACAGCUGGCUUGUUCAUCCACUAUCUGACAGACCACGCCCAGAGACAGGUUUUCCUGGAGACACGGCGCUGCAUUGAGGGUCGCCUCAAACUAGAGCAAGAGAACCAAAGACAGGAGCGUCUGGUGCUGUCCAUCCUGCCUCGCUUUGUUGCCUUGGAGAUGAUAGCUGACAUGAGCUCUCUGGAAGAUGAACUCAAUCCUCAUGAUUUUCACAAGAUCUAUAUCCACCAGUAUAAAGAUGUCAGCAUCCUUUUUGCAGACAUCAAGGGUUUCACUCUGUUGUCCAUGAACCUGUCGGCCCAGGAUCUGGUCCGAACCCUCAACGAGCUCUUUGGACGUUUUGACCGACUGGCUGAUGAGCACCACUGCCUGCGGAUAAAGAUACUGGGAGACUGUUACUACUGUGUGUCUGGGGUCCCUGAGCCACAGCGUGCCCAUGCCCGUCAUUGUGUUGAGAUGGGCCUGGCUAUGAUCAACACCAUACGGUACGUACGGAAACAGCUGAACUUUGACAUGGACAUGAGAAUCGGGAUCCACUCGGGCUCUGUCCUGUGUGGGGUGCUGGGCCUGCAGAAAUGGCAGUUUGACGUCUGGUCCUGGGACGUGGGCAUUGCCAACAUGCUGGAGGCCGGAGGCAUACCAGGACGCAUUCACAUCUCAAGGGCCACUCUGGACUGUCUUGAAGGCACCUACAAGACAGAAGCUGGUCAUGGCCGCGACAGGAACGAGUUUCUGAACAAACACAACAUCGACACUUUCCUCAUCUGCCCUCAGGAGGGAAGGGACAAUGUUGACCAUACCGAGCCCCCCAGAGUCCUGAAAACCAAUCGAACCUGGAACCCAGAGAUGCCCUUUGGGAAUGCCAUUGACAUGAACAGUAUCCUGGCCUCCUUUACGAACGGCUCGCUGCCCAACAUAUGGCAGUCCACCUCCAAGGAGAUUAACAAACGCAUCAAACAUGCCAUUGAGGUUCGAAGCAGUGACCGCAUGCACAGGGAGCACAUCACUCCUCUGACCCUGGUGUUCAAAGACACACACAUCGAGGACAAGUUCUCCCAGAUGAGAGAUGAAAUGUUUAACUCCAACCUGGUCUGCUCCUUCAUCAUGCUCCUCUUUCUCAUGUCUGUCCAGGCCCUCAUUCCUGCACCCAGGCUGUUCCCAGCCGUCCUGCAGUUCUCGGUCUUCCUGCUCGCCUACAUGCUGCUGCUGCUGCUGGCCCUGGCUGAGGAGUUCAAGUGGGCUCCUGCCGCGCUGCAGCACUUCUGCUGCUGGAUCCACGAAAACAACAGUGCCCGCAACCUCCUCACUCUCACCGCCAUCGUCAUCAACUUUGGCUUGGUCUCUACUGACAUGCUGUGGUGCAUCCUCACAGACACAGGAGAUGCUGAUGUAAUGGACAGAACCAACACUGCCUCACGUCCACUCACAGUCUGCACUUACCCCGAGGUCUUUGUAUUGAGCGGUGUGAUCGCCAUGGUGACCUGCGCCGUCUUCCUGCGUCUGAACUCUCUGCUGAAGCUGGCGGUGUUGCUGCUGGCGGUGGCUGUCUACUCCUACCUCAUCCACCUGGCCUUCCUCACGCUCGCACGCCACGACGUGCCGCACAGUUCUCACUAUGUCAGGAGAAAAGGCAUUUCCAUCCUUCUCAUGGCCAUGUUUAUUGUUGCGGUCUUCUACAAUGGACGUCAGUGGGAGGCCACCGCCAGACUGGACUUCCUGUGGCGUCUGCAGGCCCAGCAGGAAGUGGAGGACAUGAGAGAACUACGGGAACACAACGAGUGUCUGUUGCACAACAUCCUGCCAAUGCAUGUGGCGCGACAUUUUCUGGACCGGAGCAAGAACGACGAGGAGCUUUACUCGCAGUCCUACGAUGAAGUCGGCGUCAUGUUUGCCUCCAUCGCUGGCUUCAAUGAGUACUUCGAGCAGAAAGAGAUCAAACACGAGGGAGUGGACUGCCUCCGACUCUUGAAUGAGAUCAUCGCUGGCUUUGAUGAGCUGCUGGAGGAGUCGUACUUCCACUAUGUGGAGAAGAUAAAAACCAUUGGGAGCUGCUACAUGGCUGCCUCUGGCUUAGCUCCAGACAGGCAGGCGUCAAUGGAUGAAUGGAAUCACCUCAGCGAGUUGGUUUUGUUUGCGUUGGCAAUGCAAGAGACCUUGAAAGAGAUUAACAGGCACUCUGCCAAAAACUUUCAGCUGCGUGUGGGCAUCGCUCACGGGCCCGUGGUGGCAGGGGUGAUCGGUGCCACCAAGCCGCAGUAUGACAUCUGGGGGUCAACCGUGAACCUGGCCAGCCGCAUGGACAGCACAGGUGUGAGCGGACGCAUCCAGGUGCCCGAGGCCACGCGCAGGAUCCUGGCAGAGUGGGGUUUUGUCCUGGAGCUGCGUGGAGAAAUCUUUGUCAAGGGGGUGAGUGAGCGUCAGGGGAAAGUCCGCACCUAUUUCAUCAGCACCGUGCGCAGCAAGAGCGGCAACGUUGGAGCAGAUGGCCGCUUUGGGGGGCGGACAGGAGGACGCAUGACGCUAGCAGGAGUGGUGUUCGGUCUCGUCCAGGCCAGACACAAGGAGAAGAUGAGAGAGACCAACGGGGGGUUCAGCCUGACUCCCCACGCCCUUCAGUGCUGA